GCAGCCGCCGCGGGAGGAGGGAGCUCAAGUAUUAUGGGCUGUGGGCGCUGCUGAACAAGAUGGAGCUGUCUGCAGUGGGAGAGCGGGUGUUUGCGGCCGAAUCCAUCAUCAAGCGGCGGAUCCGAAAGGGACGCAUCGAGUACCUGGUGAAAUGGAAAGGUUGGGCCAUCAAGUACAGCACUUGGGAACCCGAGGAAAACAUCUUGGACUCCAGGUUGAUUGCAGCUUUCGAGCAGAAGGAGAGGGAGCGGGAACUGUAUGGGCCGAAGAAGAGGGGACCCAAGCCGAAAACUUUCCUGCUGAAGGCCCGCGCCCAGGCCGAGGCCUUGCGCAUCGGCGACGUCCAUUUCUCGGUCAAGCCGGGCUCCAGCGCGACGUCCCCUAAGUUGCACUCCAGCGCCGCGGUGCAUCGUCUCAAGAAGGACAUCCGUCGCUGCCAUCGAAUGUCGCGCCGCCCCCUGCCCCGGCCGGACCCCCAGAGCAGCGGAGGGCCGGGGGCCGGCCCAGGCAUGAGGCCGCCCAUCUCGCCCUUCUCGGAGACCGUGAGGAUCAUCAACCGCAAGGUGAAGCCGCGGGAGCCCAAGCGCAGCCGCAUCAUCCUCAACCUGAAAGUCAUCGACAAGAGCGCCAAGGGCUCUGCGGCAGGCGGCGGCGGCGCGGCCGGCGGGCCCCUGGCUCGCCCCAAGAUCCCCUCCCGGAACCGAGUCAUCGGCAAGAGCAAGAAGUUCAGCGAGAGCGUCCUGCGCACGCAGCUCCGCCACAUGAAGUUCGGGGCCUUCUCCAUCUACAACAAGCCCCCGGCCGGCCCCGCCGCGCCCCCGCUGCCCGUCGGCAAGCCCGAGGCCGGCUCCUCCCAGGGCUCCGCCCCGCCCCCCCGAGGGCUCAUCCUGGGCGCCGCCCCCUACGACGUCCGCAGCUCGGGCUCCUCGGGAUGUCCCUCGCCGACGCCCCACUCCUCCUCCGACCCCGACGAUUCGCCCCCCAAGCUUCUCCCGGAGACCCUGAGCCCGGCGGUCCCCGACUGGCGCGAGUCCGAAGUCCUCGACCUGUCCAUCCCGCCGGAGUCCGCGGCGACCAGCAAGCGGGCGCCCCCUGGAGGCGGGGACGGGGGCCACACGCCCCCAUCAUCCUCGCCCCCCGGCUCCUCUUCCGACCCCGAGCAGGAGGCCGGGGACUGGCGCCCCGAAAUGUCGCCCUGCUCCAACGUGGUCGUCACGGAUGUCACCAGCAACCUCCUGACCGUCACCAUCAAAGAGUUCUGCAACCCGGAGGAUUUUGAGAAGGUGGCGCAGGGGGCCGCGGGGGCGGGGCCGGGGCCGGGGCCGGGGCCAGGGCCAGGGAUCGGCGCGGGGAGCAAGUGAAAGGAGUCGGUCUCCACCCCGAGGGGCAGUGGGGGGCUGGCCGGCACGGCGUGGGGAUCCCCUCUAAUGCUCUUCCCCCUCCUGCCCCCUCCCCAGCCUCCCAGCCUGUCUUUUGCUGAUUUCAUUUGGCUCCCUUGCACCCCAGUUCUCUCUGACGCCCCCACCCUAGGAGGGGGCGGGGCUGCCCGAGCUGGGAGAGAGCCCGGGACUGUGUGGGAAGGAGGGGGUUUGUCCCCUCCCAGGCUGAGGGUCCCGGCUGUUCCCUGCUCUUCCCUGCUCCUCACUCCAGCCUUCCCGACACAGCUGGGCCCCCGUCCCGCAGUGCUGCCGCCCCUAGCUUCUUACCACUCGUCUGGCAGCACAGGGAACCCAGGCAGCAAAGCUGGCACCUGGACAAGCCCCCCUGGUCUUCUGGGUCUCUCCUGCCCCCCCCCACCGGGACCCCCGUACCCAGAGCUCACGGCUAUUCACUCUCGGUGCUAAAUUGGCAGCUGAAGGGGUGCUCUGGAGACCUCUCCACUCUCCCCAGACCGGGUGCUAACUCCGUCCUCUUCGCCCCCCACCACUCCUAGGUUUGGGAAUGGAGGGACUUCUUCCUGCCCGUCUGGGGUCCCACCUCUCCGUGUCCCAGCCCGGGCAGCCGCUGGGCCCUGGGAGGCAGGAACACCCCUCAGCCCCUGGCCUGCCAUCCAUCCAGCCCCCCAGUGGCCAGCCUCCUCUUGAUCUCCUACCAGCCCUCCUUCCAGAUCCCCCUUUGGGGAGAUAGGCUGGGGGGUCCCCCUUCCCUCCAAAGACACCCAGGAUUCCAAGUGGGCCCCCAGAGUUCAUCAACCAAAGGUGCUAGCAGAGCCCGCUGGGGACACUGUCCUUCCUGCGCGUGUCUAUCUAUCGCAUUUUGGCGUGUAUGUGCCUGUGUGUGUAUGUGUGUGCUGUGGGGGACCCCUUCCCGCCCCUCCUUCCUCCUGCCACCCCUCGCACCCCCCCUCUUGGUGCUCCAGUGUCUCUGGGGGCAGAAGCCUGUUCCCCAUUUUUCCUUCACUGGCUGCAGGAGCAGUUAUUGGGCUUCCUGACCAGAGCAAUUCUUCCAGCAUCCCCUUGUGGGGGGCCUCAUGGCGUCUGGGCGGCCUGGCCGGAACAUCAGGGCCUUUUCCUUGCUCUGGGCCUAGGGGACCCCGAGAGCUGGCCUUCGAGGAAGGAAACCCCUGCCCAGCUUCCCCCCAUCCCCCCAGGAAGGAGCAGCCCCAGAGCCUUCCUCCUCUUGCAGAUGAAGGGGUAGCUGGCCAAGGGGUGCCCCUGUUUUUCCAGAUUAUAUGCUGUUCUCGGUUAGUGGGUAGCUGUUUGGGGGAGUAGAUGCAGCUCAUCCGAGAGGGCUCUUGCUUGAUCCUGUGUGUGCGUGUGCGUGUGUGUCCUUGCACACGUUGUUUUGUGGGUCUGUCUGUGUGUGUAUUGUGGGGAGUAGAGGGUGGGUGGGGGAAGAGAGACUCCAGAAAUCAGAGAGGCGGAAAGAGAGCCCCGACAGGAAACUCACAUGUGCCCUCCCUUGGGACUGUCGCUGUCGCGCCCGGCCCCCCUCAGGACUAGUUAGAAGUAAGGGCCGCUGGCCUGUGAGGGGCAGGGGACAGAGGCCCUCGGGUGGGCCUGGGCAGGGCCUGGGACGUGCGGGCCCAUCCUUUCCUCCCCUGCUGAAAAGGACCAGAACCCUCCCCUGGCUGCUUGGCCGUCCAAGUGCCGGCCGGCUAUCCCUCUCGGAAGAGCUGGCCUAGACCUGGCCUUUCCCGGGGACCCUCGAGACGUGUUUUCUGAGAGUCUGUCCUUCGUGAGAUUUUUUUCUUUCUUAAAAAAGGGUAGGGGGGAGGGAAAGUCGUGUUUUCAAAGGUGAUUUUAUGAUGGGAGAGCGAAAGAAUUAGUUUUACAAGAAAAGGAAAAAAAGACAGAAAAAAUAUUGUGGAAUUCCUCCAGGGAGGGGGAAGAAAGAGAUAUUUAAAAAUAAUAAUAAUAUUUGUGAUUGCACAGCUGUGGUGGGAAAGCCAGGAGAGGGAGGAGAGGGCAAGGUUACCCCUGGAGCCGUUGGGGAGCCCGCCUGGGUCCCUCCUCUUCUCCCAGCUUGAAGAGAGGUCGGUGUGGACCCCCGACGGGUCUACAGACAACCCCCCUCCUUGUCCUGGGGGAGAAGAAGGGGCUGAGGUGAGAGGCACCGUGUCCAGACACCUCGGGCUCACCCAGGACAGAUUCCACUGGCUCCCUGCGUCUUUGAGCACCUGAGGGCCAGGCCUAGGUGCCGCAGGGCUCACUUAGGAAGACUGGAUUUUGUGGGUGAGGGGGAGCUGGAGGGUGGCUCCCUCUAGAGGCUAGACCUCAAUGAGGGACCCUUACCUGGGCCCUGCCCAAAGAGCAGAGAGGCCAGGGCAUGGGAUGGGGUGAGAGCAGUGUCUUUGCAGCCCCCUUGGGGAGAGGCCCCCCUACUCCCAUGGAGGAGCCUGGUAGAAGAGCCCAGGGGGGAAGAUGAGCUUUAGAGGUAGGACAUUCCUCUCCACCACCCCAACCCUCCAGGCCCAGGAGCGGCUCCCCUUGGGGCACUGGACACUUCCUUCCUCCUAGGGUGUCUCCAAGCAGAGGGGGGCCUCCCCCCUCAGCAUCUUUGCCCAGAGGGGAGGGGUCAUCCCCACCGACAGCCCCAUCCCAGGGCCUCCACUGCUUUUCCCUUUGCCCACUAGCCAGGCAGAAGCCGCAGUUCUCUUGUUUUUAUUUUUGUAUGCCAACUCCCCCUCGCCCACAAGAGCCUUUUGGGUCGUCCUCACCACCCCGCCCCCCCUCCCUUGUCCUGGUGUCUGGCUCACGUGAGGCUUCUCCUGCCCAGGCUGGGCGAAUCCCCCGAGGGCCUUCUCCCCUCCUCCCCCCUGUGACCUGGUUUGGGGGCCCCUAAGGUGGGGGCUGGGCCCAAAAAGGAGGAGGGGCAGGAAGAGGGGCCCACAGGAUCUCUUUAUAGCGCUUUACAGUUUUCAGAGCACUUUCCCCAUCCUUGCCUCAGUCCUGGAGAAGCAGGGUGGGGGCAGGCAUCGUUGCUACCUUUUCAAAGGGAGGGGCAAGCUGGCAUGGCAGACAGAGAGGCUCCCUUGGAGCUGCCCCCCCCCCCAUCCUGUCUGCGUGACCCUGGGCAAGUCACUGAAGCCUCCUUGCCGAAGUCAGCUCUGAUGAUAGAAGACAUUCUGGGCUGAUUUCUGGGCGGACGUUCCCUGCAUCGAUGAAACCAGAUCCAGCCCCUCCCCCCCAUGUUUUCUAAAAUGAGGAAGUCUGUGGCCUGGAUAUAGAAAGCACCUUACCCCAGGUCACACGGUAAACAGCAGAAUUGGGAUUUGAACCCAGAUCUCUUGACUCCCAAGUCGGGGAUUCUUUGCCCUAUUUUGUGCUGCUCUUUGAAGGGGGAAAAAAGGAAGUCGGGGCAGCGGGGAGGGCCUGGACUCUCUGGGUGAGCAGGGAGGGCGGGCGGCCUUCCCCCACUGUGGCGCACAGUAACGGGCUCUCCAGAAGGCCAGCCUUUCCCCUCUUGGGUGGGAGAGGUGAGAAUGGGUGGUCUGCCCUGUUGGACUGUCGGGAGCACCUCUCCUCACCCUCCGUGCCAGCCUGGGCCCUCCCCUUGUCCAAGCCCAGCCCAGCCUCUUCCACCUUUUUGCACUUCUUGCUUUGGAGAGACCAGACUGGUCGGAUUCCAGCCGUGUGGCUCUGGGUUCUCAUGCACUGGCCCUAGGUCACCCCCCGGGGCUCUGGGAGACCCUCUCUGCCCCUGGCCUGGGCCUGGGAGGAAGCGGAAAAGAAGGGAGAAAGGUCCCCACCCAGGUUCCUGAAGAAAGCCCUCCCUCUCCUGCUGGGGAGCCCGGCCCCUCCUGGGGCUCACAGCUCGGGGAGGGAUGGCCCGGGGGGCCUUCCUGUGUGCCAACGUUCUCCAUCCAAGUGAGCCCUUGGAAGGCCGGGGUGGCUGGAGACUCGUUUUCAUUUUUAAAAGGUGAAACAAAACAAAACGAAAGAGAAACAUGCCCUUCAGUGGAAUCAUGUAUCUUAUCAUUUUUUUUUAGAUUUUUAAGAAAAACGCAUUUAAUGAAAAACAUUGUGCACGAAUGAAUUCUAUAUAUAAAUCUAUACACAUACAUAUCUAUAUCUAUUUUGGGAGGGGGGCCUGUCAUCUUUUCAUUUCCAAAAUGGAGUGUGUUGGCUUGGUUUCCUGUGUUCGCUGUUUGAACAUCCAGCGCCCAGCUGGCUAAACUUGGCCCCCCCUCCCAGUGGCUAGGGAUGAGGGAAUAUGGGGGCCAGCCAGGGCAGGGGGGAGCACACCCCCUCCCUGGCCCACAUCCCUGCCUCUGCUUUGCACCUCAGCCUCCUCGCCCGGCCCACCCUUCCCCAGCUGAUGUUUCCGGUGGAAAAGAUGGUUGGUCUCGGGGUUUGGGACUUUAUUUUUUGUUCCGUUGGGUUUUUUUCCUGGUUGUUUUUGUGCUAAUUACUCUCGUAUUGUACAUUUUGUUUCUCCUGCUGCUCUUCAGUAUUGUAUCAAUGCCAGGAAUGGGGAGUUCAAAGCCUAUUUUUGCCCCCCAAUAAAUUGUUACAUUCCAAA